AUGGCUGCACCCCUCCGCAUCGGCUUCGUCCCGGAGCACUUCUCCACCCCGCUGUACUUUGCCAAGCAGCAUUACGGCCUCAAUGCGGAACUGAUCCCAUUCCCCUCCGGCACGGGCCAUAUGGUUACAGCCAUUAGAGCAGGCGAGAUCGAUGUCGGAAUCGGUCUGACAGAGGGCUGGAUUGCAGGCCUAGGAAAGGAGGAUGUGGAAGGCGACGGCGGCUACCGUCUGGUCGGCACAUACGUUGAGACACCUCUGUGCUGGGCCAUCUCUACGGGGUCCAAGCGCCCUGAGAUCGACUCAGUAUCCUCGCUGAAGGGUGGCAAAAUCGGCGUGUCCCGCAUUGGCUCCGGCAGCUAUGUCAUGGGGUUCGUUCUGGCUGACCAGCAGGGCUGGCUGGACCCUUCACUCAGCACGCCGCCCUUCUCGGACACUGUCGUGCUGAACAACUUCGAGAACCUCCGCAAUGCCGUCAACUCGGGCGAGGCCGACUUCUUCAUGUGGGAGCAUUUCACGUCCAAGAAGUUCUACGACUCGGGUGAGAUCCGGCGGGUCGGUGAGAUCUACACGCCCUGGAGCAGCUGGAAGAUUGUGACGUCGACCGCGCUCACUGCCGGCGACAAACUUGAUGCUCGAGUCCAGGAUCUGUUCGGGAAGCUUGACCAGGGCAUUGAGCACUUUAACAACAACCAAGAGGAGUCGGUCAAGUACAUUUCGACUAGCCUAGGUUACACAGAGCCGGAUGCAAGGGAAUGGCUCAAGACGGUCAGGUUCCCCGUCAAGACUCAGGGCAUCAAGCCCGAGGUGGUAGAGAACUGUGUUUCCAUUCUGAGGAAGGCAGGCGUGCUGAAGGAUGGCAAAGGGAUGCAGCCCCGUGAGAUGGUACUAAGCUGA